AUGACUGACAUUACAGGUUGGGGAGAGAAUGACAGAGGUGUUUCCUACACGUUUGGUGGUGAUGUGGUUAGGCAUUUCCUUAAGAAGAAUGAACUCAGCCUCAUUGUCAGGGCACAUCAGGUGGUGGAGGAUGGGUACCAGUUUUUCCAGAAGAGGAAGCUAGUCACACUCUUCAGUGCACCUAACUAUUGUGGAGAGUUUGACAAUGCAGCAGGGGUAAUGAUUGUCACCCAAGAUCUCACCUGUUCAUUCUCAAUCCUACAGCCACAAGCUGGAAAUGGACCAAAGAAAGAUGACAAAAAGAAAUGAUGGCGCUCUCUUAUUUUGAUGGAACUUUUUAUUGGGGGAAUGUAAACUAAAAAGCUGUCAAAUUUCUAUGUAAAUGGGCAAGACGGUAUUCUACCACUCGGGAUAUUCUUUAGAAAAACUCAUGCAAUCUUGAUAGUAUUUCACAAAACAGUUAUUCACUGAUUUUUCAAUGAUAACUGUUGCACAAUUCUUUGCUUCUGAUUGGCUGAAAGCACAUGUAUCAUUGGAAAUCAUUGAAAAGUUGGUUUGUGGAACGCUUCACAGAACAUAGGCUUGUAGACAGGAAAUACAUGUUUUUGAAGUGUUGUAUUUGAUGGAAAUCCAUUGAAUACACAUUGCCCAAGAUUUAUCCUCAAUUGGACUGAUUCCAAGAUUGUCUUACAUCAAUAGGACUAAAGAAUAAUUGGUCUACUUCUACUACUAUUUUGUUUAAAUUACACCCUCCACCCCCUCCUAGUUAACAGAAGAAAGAGGCAGUUGCUAUGCAAUGUAUAUGCAGUGGCAACUUUCUUCUGAAAGGGGAGGGGGUCUAACCAUCAUUUUAUUCAAUACCCAUUUACAAUAACUGCUAUUUUUCAAAAAUGACUAUGGUCUAAUUGUAACUUCUGCUUAUUUCUAGUUUUUCCCAUAUAAUUCAGUAAAUAUUUGGUCAAUUUUACUGAAUCUAAUCUGAGAUAAAUUAAUUAAUGCUAGACACACUGGGUAGCUAAAUGAAUAUAAACAGCCUAACUGAAAAUCAAACAACAAUGGAAAUAAUUUGGUAGUCUGGUUGUAUUCAAAACGGUUUAGACCAUGUAAGGUGAGAUAAGCAUCAGACAAAGUCAGAUUUAACAAAGUAUGAUUAGACCAAGUGAAAUUAGGCCAAGUGGGAUAAGAUGAAGUAUGAUUGGACCAAUUCAAAUUAAACAAUGUGGGAUUAGAUCAAUUGGGAUAAUAUGAAGUGAAAUAAGACCAUCUGCGUUCCGACCAAAUGGAAUUAGUCCAAGUGGACAAGAUGAAGUGUGAAUAGAUCAAAUAGUAAUUCACUGCCAGUACUGCCAAUGGUGAUGCAUCGUGAGAUGAGCUUAGUUCCCUUGCCUAUCGUGGAGAAAGAACCAGUUUUCUGAAUUCAAGUAAUAUCAAGAACCUAUCCAUCAAGAUAGAUAUAUGCCAGUGUGAUUCCAUAGCCUAGUCAACUUCUAACAGUACAAGAAAAAGAUAUAUGUAUAACAUUCCCCUUGGAAGUACACAGGACCAUAAGAUAUUAUAGCCUUUUAUACAAUGCUUGACCUUGAAUUAGUGUUUAGAGAGUACAUCAAAGUUCAUUGUACACAUAGGUGGGUUAAUUAUAUUAACCCUUUAGCCUUGUGAAUUUCAUGGUUAUAUUUCCGUGAUGCAGCUCGUUAAUAAGGUCUUAUGAUGAAUACAUGCUUUUUGACAAAAAAAAAAUACUUGAAUUAUGCCAGUUACAAUUGCAUAACCAACAGUACAUUUAAUAAAUCUUCAGUUCAUUGUUCAGUAAAAGGGCAACAUGGCCAAUAUUCCACCCCCCCCCCCCCCAUUUUGAGGGGUUGUUUCUUUUCUUUUCUUACAUUUUCUAAUAUGGUAAUAUUUCAGAGUUACCAAAAUCACUAUACUUUGUAGGAAUUUGAUGAUGAAUAAAAGGGCCCCCAAAUGCCAAUUUUGGCAAAAAGGAAGGGCAAUAUAAAAUGCACCCUUAUUCCAUUCAGAAAUUCACACCAAUAUAUAUGCUGUAGAACUAGAAAGGGCAUUUCAAACUGGUAUCAUUUUUUGCAACCGAUAGGGUCAUAUUGCCUCUUUACUGGCCAAAUAAAGAAUUGAUACAUAAAUAAACCAAAUCACCAUAAUAGCAACAGGUAUACAGUAGUACCUUUAAAAAAAAUCAUGCAUUUAUCAUUUGACCUAUUUUAUCAAGCAAACCUGGACAUGGAAUGGCCCUUCAUUUACGGUCAUUCAACCCAUGAGAAUUCAGGCCUUAAGAUAGUUUACUUUCUUCCUAAUGCUUACUUUUAAUACCUUUAACGGUUUUUAUCCAAAUAUGCAGUAUCCUUUGAUUACAGAGUACCACUUCGUAAACUUCCGUUUGAAAAAAAUCCUUAGUUUUGUUUGUAUUGCUUUUACUUAGUGGUGAAAAUAUGAGGAAAAAUACGAAUAAGUGGUUACCAGUGCACCUCCAUUGCUUUCAAUUUCUAAAAAGAAUAGUAAAAACAAAAAAUUAGAUGCCAUUGCUCAACGUUUCUUGUUUAAUGAAGAUAUUUGAGUUUAUUUCAUAAUGCAAGUGUUUUAUGAAGAUGAAGUACAGGGAAAUCAGAUGUGUAAAUAGUGUUGUACUUGAAAAUAUAAAUGAAAUUCUAUGAAGAUUAUAAAAAAUGCUUGAAUUUUUAAAAGAAAGGAAAGUCUAUACGAAGGAAAACAUGUCUUUUUAACUAUGAUUAUUACAUCAUAUAGUAAAAAAUUUAGUUUGAUUGCAAAGACUUUUUAAGAAGGGUUAAUUGUGUAAAUAAGUUUUGCCAAACCUUGCUAAUAGCUUUAGAGUUUAAUACCUGUACUUUCUUAACAGUUAAUAUAUUCUAUGUAUGUAAAUGUAAGUAAUUAUUAUUCAACUCUCUAUGAAUAUUUUCCUGUCAUUCACACCAAAUUUGAUAAUAUUUUUUCUCCAGUCCAAAGUUUAUUUCCUCUUCAAAUGCAACUCGCUAAAUUCACCUUUCUAUACAAAACAAUUAAGAGACAUAUAUGACAGAGACAUAGUGUCUAAGACUGUUUUCACAUAUCAUUUUGUAAAGUUAUGCCAUGACUUUAAAAACAACUUGUGUGUGGUAUGCCAAAAUUUAGGCUCAAAGUUUGCUCAACAUUUUCAAAAGUAUGACUCUAUUUCUAUUAAUUAAGGUUAAUUUUUGACCAAAUUAAUGUAAUUUAUUCCUGAAAAUGUGGGAUAUGUAUACAUGUUUUUGAAUUUUUCUUGCAUUUCCACAUUGCAUCCCAAGAUAAGUCAUUAGAAAAUUGAUUAAUAAUUUGGCUUGCCUAUUCGUUAUCAUUUUUUAGAGUUUGUAACACAAAGCUUAGCGAUUGUGCGGUCGAUUGAAACAUUUGAUUGUAUAUUAUGAUUAAUGAGUCAAGCAUGAAUAAACCCUUCUACCAAGCGCAAGGCUUUGUAUGACAGUCAUCCAGAGGUGCUUUACAGUGCUGUUUAUAAAAUUUGACGUAAUACUAUGAACACCUCUGUAAGCAAGUCCUGGCGUGAGUUUUGUACGAUACUUAGAAUAUAUUUUAUUGAAUCAUAUGACAUAAUUAUCCAUGCCCAUUACAUGUGUAGAAUGGACUGGAUUUCUGGAGAAGAGUCAAAGGUAGAUUUACUGGCUAGAUGGUUGUUGAGCUGUAAUUAAAUUUCUAUACGGGCUAGAUUGGAACCUUUGAACAGGCAUGAAAGUUAUGUCUUCUAUGAUAUGCAUAAACUAGUGUGUGCAUGUGAACGAGCAC